UUCAACAUGCCCACGCAGGAGGACCUGGUCUACGUUGACCCCAGCCCGGACUAUUGCCUGCGCAACGAGACCACCGGCUCUCUGGGCACCCAGGGCCGGCUGUGCAACAAGACCUCGGAGGGCAUGGAUGGGUGUGAGCUGAUGUGCUGCGGACGGGGCUAUGACCAGUUCAAGAGUGUCCAGGUGGAGCGUUGCCACUGCAAGUUCCAUUGGUGCUGUUAUGUCAAGUGUAAAAAGUGCACAGAGAUCGUUGACCAGUAUGUCUGUAAAUGAAAGGA